AUGGUUUGCCUCGCAGCCCUCGCGUUAGUAGCCAGCGCCAGCGCCGUCCUCGGAGAGACGACCCCGCGCGGCUCAAAAGCAUCUUGCGCGCAGUUCUCGCCAAGCAACAUAUCUGACGUCACGCUCACCGCGGCGACGUACUUCCACGCCCACGCACGGGUCGACAUCUCCAAUGUCUUCUCCAGCAUCAACACGACGGACCUGCCUGCAUUUUGUCGCGUCGAGUUGAAGAUCGUCACAAACGCAACAGCGGGCUCCUUUGCCGUCACCGAGGUCUGGCUUCCGGAUGCUUGGAACGGUCGUGUUGUCACUGUCGGAAAUGGCGGCCUCGGCGGAGGAGUGACCGUUGAGGAUCUCGGCGCAGUUGCAGUGCCGCAAGGGUUCGCAGGAAUCUCCACGAACACAGGGCACAACUCGGGUGUUGCUGAUGGUGCUUGGGGCGGGCCACAUAACGAUAACGCGAUCGUUGACUGGGGUUGGAGAGCCAUUCAUCUGAGCGUUCUAGCCGGCAAGGAGAUCACCAAGCAGUACUAUCACAAGGUGGCGAAGCGGUCGUACUACGUCGGAUGCUCUACAGGUCGGCUCAAGGAGAUCCAGAAUUUCCCUGACAGCUUCGACGGAAUCGUGGUCGGCUCUCCUGCGGCAUGGAUGUCGCACCUCCAGCCCUGGUCGGUCCACAUGAGCCUGAACGUCCUCCCGGCGACCUCGUCGCGUUUCAUCGAGCCAAGCGUAUGGACCGACGUCAUUGCACCCGAAGUCCUGAAGCAGUGCGACGCACUGGAUGGAGUGACCGACGGGAUCAUCAACGAACCCCGGGCGUGCUUCUUCCGUCCGGAAACCCUCACUUGCACCCCGGGCCAGAACACCUCGACCUGCCUAACAGAGGACCAGAUCACGACCAUCCACAAACUCUAUGCGGACUACUACGUAGGAGACCAAACGUACGUCUUCGGCGGUUUCUACCCUGGUGGCGAGAAGGCGUUCGGCACGGGCCUCGUCGGCAACCCGCCGUUCCCGCUGUCUCAGGACUGGUUCCGGUACUUUGUGUUGAACGACACCCAGUGGACGCAGGAGCAGUACAACACGAGCCUCCUCGCGCUCGGCGAGCAGCUCAACCCCGGGCAGUCCGAUGCGGUCACCCCGAACCUGACAGCGUUCGCGGACGCGCCGCACAACGGGAAGGUGCUGCACUACGUCGGCUGGGCGGACCAGCUGAUCAGCCCCGGGAACAGCUUGCACUACUACGAGACGGUGCACGCGUUCGCGCGCGCGAACACCUCGCUCGCCGUGGAUGACUUCUACCGCCUCUUCCCCGUGCCCGGCAUGAACCACUGGUGCAGCGGACCAGGUGCGAACUCGUUCGGCGGCGGCUCGUCGCAGAAGCCCCCGCUCUCCUUCGACGCGGAGCACAACAUCCUCGGUGCACUGAUGCGCUGGGUCGAAGACGGCAUCGCGCCGUCGAAGAUCGUAGCCGUGAAGUACAAGGACGACGUACCGGCGAACGGGGUCGCGUUCACCCGCCCGAUAUGCAAGUACCCGUCGGCGGUGCGCUUCCGGGGAGGGGAUCCGAACAGCGCAAGCAGCUUCUUCUGUGCGUGA